AUGGUGAGCUUUCUGACGGCUACUCUGUUGAGAAGCACCGCAGGUGAUCGCGAACCAUCAACUGACGUAGAGAACUGCGCGCCAACAUCAUCGUCUCCGGGGUAUGGCGUCGUCGACAGCAUCCUCCAGAUCGCGCACAAGUACGGUAGCGUGAAGCAAUUCAAGGCUUAUCUUGAAAUAUCAGAACAGUCAUCGCCGAAUAGUUCUGGUCGGCUACGAUCCGAGCUCCAGUCGUGCGGCGUAUCGCUGACGGACUGUCCACACAAUGGAAGGAAGGACGUUGCCGACAAGAUGAUGAUGGUUGAUAUGUUAACCUACGCGAUCGAUACCACCGCUCCGGCGACCCUGAUCGUCAUCUCUGGAGAUCGGGAUUUUGCAUAUGCCAUCUCCGUCUUACGGUGCCGCAGAUAUCGCAUCGUCCUCGUCACACCCAAGAGCGCGCAUGUCAGCCUCAGAUCU